AUGCCCAAGCUCCGCGACUUUCUGGAGCACCCGGACGAGAUCCUGCCGGCCGUGCGCAUGUACCUGGAGGUCCGUCGCGCCACGCGCCUGCCCGCCGACCCCGGCCUGGCCUUCUGCUACGACAUCCUCAACUCCGUCUCCCGGUCCUUCGCGGUGGUCAUCCAGAAGCUGCCGACGCCGCUGCGCGACGCCGUGUGCGUCUUCUACCUCGUGCUGCGCGGGCUGGACACGGUGGAGGACGACAUGGCGAUCCCCAUGGCCGAGAAGCUGCCCUGCCUGAGAUCUUUCCAUGAGAAGAUCUAUGAGCGCGGCUCCCGUUGGCCAACCUAUGGCAAGGACCAUUACAACCGCCUGAUGGCACAAUUCGGCGCAGUUGUGGACGUCUUCCUGCGCCUAGACCCCACCUUUCGGGCAGUGAUCGCUGAUGUGGCCAAGAAGAUGGGGCACGGGAUGGCUGAGUACAUCGAACUGGAGGUCGAGACUGUCAAGGACUUGGACCUGUAUUGCCACUAUGUGGCAGGGCUGGUUGGGGAGGGCCUAUCAGCCCUGUUUGCUGCUUCAGGGCUGGAGGACCCAAAGUUCAAAGACCUUACUGAUAUGUCCAACGAGAUGGGGCUAUUCCUGCAAAAAACAAACAUCAUAAGGGACUAUCUGGAGGACAUCAAUGAGGAGCCUGCCCCCAGAAUGUUCUGGCCCAGGGAGGUGUGGGGCAAGGAGGUCGAGGGACUUGAAGAAUUCAAGGAGCUCAAGAAUCGCGGGGCUGCACUGGAUUGCCUCAAUGCCCUCAUCACCGAUGCACUGAGGCAUGUGCCCACAUGCUUUGCAUACAUGAAGAUGUUGCAGAACCAGCAGGUGUUCAGGUUUUGUGCCAUACCCCAGGUGAUGGCCAUAGGGACACUGGCCCUGUGCUUCAACAAUGGGGGGGUGUUUGAGGGAGAGGUCAAGAUGAGAAGGGGGCAGACAUGCGUCAUAUUCGAGAGUGUUGAGUCGAUGAAAGAUGUCUACAAGUACUUCCGGGAGUUCGCUGGGACGAUUGGCGCCAAGUGCCAGGCCUCCGUGUUGAAGAGGGACCCCAACUCAAGGAAGACAAUGGAGACCAUAGAGAAGAUCGAGGAGUUGUGUGAGAAGGGCCUGAAAGAAUGUGGUGUCCCAACCAACGGUGCUCCUGCCGAUGUGUCAGACCAGCCUGUGGAGUGGUGGGUGCGCUUAGGGAUCAUGUGCCUCUCCAUAGGGUACUUUUUGUACGCCUGGGGAAUAGCUGGAUUCCGAGCGAGUCUGGGCGUAGCCCCCAACCCCUCCAACUUCUUGUUGGACAUGAUGCAAAGGCUCUGCUCUCUGUUGCUGCUUUUUGUUGGUGUCAUCUGGGUUGGGGUGCUUGGCAAGAGGCUGGGCACACCUGAACCCUAG